CGUCACUUAUUCCUUUCCGUAUUUCGGUGGCACGGAUUCGACUCUGCCAUUUCUAUUCUCUCUUUUCUACAUAACUUAUACCAACCCAUACCUUUCAAAGCGCGAUUAUCUGGAAAACAAAAGCUAGGAAACAUCAAUACCUAGCCCGGGAUGAGGCAUGCCACUCCGCCACGCAGCGACCUCCGCCUCCGCCGUCCAUCCGCGCCGAUGUCUCUUAUACGCUACUACUCCCUUCCUUCUUCCGAUAGCGCCAACGACACACCGGCCGUUUCACGGCUCCGCGAUCCUCCGCGAUGAGCAGAUUGAUAAUGCGCGGAAUCAUUACGAGACGUUAAAAUUGCAUCCGGGGGCUACACCGGCUGAGAUUAAGAAAUCCUUCUACACCCUCUCCAAAACGCACCACCCCGACCACAACCGAACAGACCCACAAGCCUCCUCGCGGCGCUUCAUGCGAAUAAGCGAAGCCUACUCAAUCCUCUCAAUCCCCGCAAAGCGCGCAGCCUACGAUCGAGACACUUUACGCCUGUCCUCGCAUCACUCCCACUCACAUUCCCACCACCACAGCGGUUCCUACAGCAGCACAAACCCAGCCGGUGGCCGUCCCGCCUCGGGCCUAAGCAACCGCCGCCGAACCGCAUUCCGCGGGCCCCCACCGAGUUUCUUCCGCAGCGGGGGAUGGGGAGCGCAAAGCGCGAAGCGGAGAGCGGCGCAUGAAGAAAGCACCGGGACCUCCUCAUCGUCCCACUCUCAUUCUAAUACCUCCCAAUCGAACACCUCGUCCUCCCAAUCCAGCUCCCCCUUCACCCACCCGCACUCCCCAGGCGGCGGCAUGGGUCCCGGCCAAACACCCUUCCACCACUCCACCGACCACGAAGUCCCCCAUUUCGACCGCGCCUCCCAUGAGCGCACGGGGCGGCACCACGAUCAGCGGCGCGCCGCGCGACAAGCUUUUUACGAAGAUCGGCAAAGCAAUAGCAUCGAGCCGGAGAGAGGGAUGACAGGCAUGUUUUUCGCAAUUGGGGGAAUACUAGUCUUGAGUGUUAUGGGUCCUUUCAUGAUUGGGAAGAUGUGGAGGGGUACUGGGGGGAGUGGAGAAGGGAAGAGAAUAAGGAAGGAAAAAGAGAAGCCCAAGAGCGUCACAGCGCAAUAAAAAGCACAACCCAUCAAAAAUUUAAAUUAAGGCUGGAAAAGGAGACAUGUCGGUGAUUUAUAAAAAGAACGGAUAAACAUAUAGACCUCACAUUGUACAAAGUCAAAACAGACACAAUCAUGUACAUUUUCAUCAAUGCAUUACCAUUUAAUCAGCCCUGCCAGAAAACGGGAACCGAAGAGGUCUGUCUAAUCUACAUUCAAGAGAGAUCUCCACCCGAGUGCGAAGGAAUUUUCCUACCUAUUUUCACGUUGUAUAGGGUAGUACAAAUGGUGACGAUAAAGAGGAUGGAUGGAUGAAAGGGGUAUUGGGCAUCUGCUUCCCGGGAAUCCGUCUAGAACAAAUCCGAAAAUAAUCCUUCUCUUGAAUAUGGCAUUUAGCUCUCGAAUGUGAAGCUGGCACCGACCUUGUGGGUGGCCUGGUCGAGCUUCUGGGUGUCGAAAGAGGCACCAAGACCGAGGGUGACACCAGGGCGGAGGAGGACGUUGUAGGAGACAGCGGCAACACCACGGUCGUUAAUCUUAGCCUUAGCGAAAGAGGUAGGGUCAAGG